AUGAUGCACGCACUAGGAUUCUAUCACGAGUUCACCAGGCCGGAUCGGGACGACUGGGUCUCAAUCAAUCGGAGCGCUCUGCAUCCCCAGUAUCAAAACGACGGAUUUUUCAGGGCCAAUUUUGGCAAAUUCGAAGCAAACGAUGUGGACACCUACGGAAUUCCUUACAACUACGGAAGCGUGAUGCAUUAUUCAAAAUUUGCUGGAGCUCGAAGCAAUCAAAGUCCAGUCAUGAACAACAGGCAAAUGUGGAAUGGCGAUUUCGGAAACGAAAGUGGAUUUUCUCAAUCUGACAUAGAUGCGGUCAAUAUCCGGUACAACUGUGGAUCUAAUAAUAAAAAAUCCAGGAAGCCGAAACAGAAACAGAAACCAAAGGAUAAAACUAAAGCGGCAACAGCAGAGCUCACAAUACGUGGAUAA